AUGGAAGCCUGUUAUAUGAAGAUGGUCAGGUUAUUGGAGAGUCCCCAAGUGCUGGAAUGGGAAGCUUUAAAAUGCCGGUGUUUUCAUAUUACUCAGAAUACCAAAAAUAGUCGGUGGAGUGUGAGGCGGGGCUGGCCUCAGGCAAGUAGGGAGGAAUCGGACUAUCACCAGCAGCUCCUGCCCGGAGUGGAGGAAGAAGAAUGUUUAACCCCUAAAAAUCGGCGGCUCCAGGAAAACCAAGCGGCCCAUCCCACGGCUGAGGUCCCUGAACGGUUGUUCGACCGCCGCUCCCCUCUGUUCCUUACCCCCAGUCCAUCAGUGUCGGUCACGGGGAAACGGAGGCAGACAGAGAAGGCAGGUAGAAGAGUGGCAUGUUUGGAUGGCCAGUUAACUGUUGUGGAUUUCGAGUUCCCUGGAGAGGCAAAGUGGAGUAAAGAGAGGCUGCGAGAGGUCCAGAGCUUGUCUGAAGCAAAAUCACCCCCCUCCUCGCCCCGUCCCCACCGUAAGAGGCUUCUUUAUUCCCCUAGAGGACCGCGGACUGCAGUGUAUGGCGGAACUACAGCUGCAGUGGUCCCCUUCAGAGGCCAUGCCGCUUUUCAAGUCCAUGAAGUCAAAGUCGCUCCUCAUAAUAACGGGAAGAUCAAACGCCAGAUCGAACACCUAUCCCCUCUUCCCUUUCUCAAUGGGGAAGUGUAUCGGGGUUUAGGAGAACAGAAAACUUCCCCGUCACGAGACGCCGCCAGGCUGGAGUUCCGUCGACUGACCGGGCCGGGGUCCGGGCCGGGGUGGGCGCGGCGGCGGCGGCGGCUGAGCCCGGAGUCGGGCCCGUCGGUGGAGUACCACCGCUACCCCGAGCUGCGGGAGGCGCUGGUGUCGGUGUGGCUGCAAUGCCCGGACAUCGGCAGGAUCUACACCGUCGGCCGCAGCGCCCAGGGCCGGGAGCUCCUCGUCCUCGAGCUGUCCGACCGACCCGGGGAACACGAGCCCGGGGAGCCAGAAUUUAAGUAUAUUGGGAACAUGCACGGCAAUGAGGCUGUCGGCCGAGAACUGCUCAUCUUCCUCGCCCAGUACUUGUGCAACGAAUAUCAGAAAGGAAAUGAGACCAUCGUCAACCUGAUCCACAGCACUCGCAUCCACAUCCUGCCGUCUUUGAAUCCAGAUGGGUUUGAGAAGGCGGCAUCUCAGCCUGGUGAACUCAAGGACUGGUUUGUUGGCCGAAGCAAUGCCCAGGGAAUUGACUUGAACCGAAACUUCCCUGACCUGGACAGGAUCGUGUAUGUGAAUGAGAGACAAGGUGGCCCAAAUAAUCAUCUCCUGAAAAACCUGAAGAAGGUUGUGGACGAGAACCCCAAGCUCGCCCCUGAGACAAAGGCUAUCAUUCACUGGAUUAUGGAUAUCCCCUUCGUCCUCUCAGCCAAUCUGCACGGAGGAGACCUGGUUGCAAAUUAUCCAUACGAUGAAACUCGCAGUGGAAGUGCUCACGAAUACAGUUCCUGCCCAGAUGACGCUAUUUUCCAAAGCUUGGCCCGGGGUUACUCGUCCUUUAACCCGGCCAUGUCGGACCCCAACCGUCCGCCAUGCCGCAAGAAUGACGACGACAGCAGUUUUGUAGAUGGAACCACCAAUGGCGGAGCCUGGUACAGCGUCCCUGGAGGCAUGCAGGACUUCAAUUAUCUCAGCAGCAACUGCUUUGAGAUCACGGUGGAACUCAGCUGUGAAAAAUUCCCACCAGAAGAAACUUUGAAGAGCUACUGGGAGGACAACAAAAACUCACUUGUAAAUUAUAUCGAACAGAUCCAUCGAGGAGUGAAAGGAUUCGUCAGAGAUCUUCAGGGCAAACCUCUCGCCAAUGCUACUAUUUCCGUGGAAGGGAUAGACCACGAUAUUACUUCUGCAAAGGAUGGUGAUUACUGGCGACUGCUUGUACCUGGGAAUUACAAACUCACAGCCUCAGCUCCCGGCUACCUGGCAAUAACCAAAAAAGUGGCUGUCCCCUAUAGCCCUGCAGUUGAGGUGGAUUUCGAAUUGGAGUCCUUUUCUGAAAGAAAGGAAGAGGAGAAGGAAGAAUUGAUGGAAUGGUGGAAGAUGAUGUCAGAAACUUUAAAUUUUUAAGUGAAGGAUCAUUUGAUUUGCUGCUUUUAAUCUAUUAUGUGUUAUCUUAGUAUGAUGUACUGUAGUCAAGCUUCUAUUUUAGACUUUGUGUAGUUCAAAAUAUUUAACUUUAAUUUUACCUUUCCAGUAAUCAUUUGAUAAAUAACCUGCAUUUCUUCCAGAAAUACCAAAUCUCUUAUCAGGUUAAGUGAAAAAGAAAAUAAGAUCUUUAUGACUCAUUUCGUCCUCUCUCACAGUCAGCAUUCUUUAGUAAAAAAAUGCAGAAACAAAUGUGAUGUCAUCAGACCAAGCUGAAAUGUAUACUCCUAUGUUAUUUACAGCCUGGACCUUAUAGGAUAAUUCUGCCUUUUUUUAAAGACUCAGUUAAGUCCAGCUAAUGUAAAUAUUUGGUGAUGUGUAUGACCAGGGUUUGUUCCAUAUCAACUCAUAGAAUGAAUUCAGUUGAGAAGGUACAUAGACUCAGCAUAGUGUUUGGUAAGCAAUAUACUGCAAGAGUUAAAAGGCCUAUCUAAAAUGUUGUUUGUCCCUCGUGCUGGCCAGCUAUCUAAACAUGAGCUUGUUAAUGCAUUUCUUCCAUGGUGGGAAAGUAGAAGUUUCCUAAGCAUUUUUAUGAAAGGAACUAAAAUUGUACUAUUGAGUGAACAUUCCAGAGAUAAUGCAGUUUGGAUCCUCAGCCUGUCAAUGAUACUUCAAGGCUCUGGAUGUUUUCCCUGGCUGUUUCUUGACCUGAAAAAGCAUUCCGAUUGAAUAAAGGACAAAAGAAAUCCACAGGUUGUGUAUUUUUCUAGUCUAUUUUGGGUUUGACCAAUGUAGUUCUGGGAAUAAAGCCCAGGGCUUUAGGCGACAGUGUCAAAGUCAACUUGAGGUGGGCUCAGUCUUUUAGGAGGGGUUGGGGUCAGGUGCUGAAAGGUGGCCAAGUGGAUGGCUAUCGGAGACUUAUCUACAGGCCUCCAUCCACUAAAGUGUCAAAAUGGUUCAGGAAAUUUUCCGAGAGCACAAUCUGUUGGGAGAUUUAGAGAUUUAGAGUUCCAACUAACUCCUGCAAAAUGAUACUUCUUCUGCAGUGAGAGAAAAGCCAAAGAAAUGGAGCAGUGUGAGAGAAUAACCAGAACAGUGAUCCAAUUCUCUUAGAAACUCAGAUUCAAUGGGAAAUUUAGCCCAAAUUUGGGAUUGGUUCCCACCUUGAUUAAACUUAUUUUCUGAAAUGACAAACGUUUUGAAGAGCUGGUUUGGAAGAGCCUAAAUAUCAUUCAGAGAAAUCGGAAUUGGGAUUUGAUUUUCUUUUUUUCUCCUACAAACAGAUCAGAAUGCAGUUCAUUUAAUGAAUUUCUAUUGAACAUAUCAAAUGGCAAAGUUAGCUGAAUAUUUGCUGUAGUUUGAAAAAUGGUCCUAAAUACUCAAAGCACAAUGUUUAGUUCUAGAUUCUCAUGGUGCGUUCAUGUUCUUGGUAAUGUGCUUUCAUGGAAUGACUAAAAUGUUUUGAAAUUGUUUUCCUUUUCUCCUUGUUGAUAACAAUAAGCACGUAUUUGGUUAUCACUUUGAAAUGCAGAAAAUGGAAUUUUGCACUUUGAUCCUUAAUUUGUCAAAUAAACAAAGAUGAACCAAUCAAAGCAGAA